AUGGGAGGGAUCAAUUCAAAGACAAUAUCCAAUUCGAUCAUUGCCAAACAAGUGAUUAGAAAUUAUCAUCAUAAUAACUCUGUCACCAAGAAUGAAAAUAUAAGUGUUGGAGGUAAAGACCUAUUAUCUGUAUUUUUAUUUGAUUGUGACAAUGCUCCACAUUACUCUAAUAAAGAUGUCAAGUCAUAUAUGAAUAAAAAAUUAAAAGCAAAGAUAUCAUAUGGAAAUAAUGAUGAAUCAAUAUUACAAGCACCAUUUAUAAAGAGACCAAGUUGGGAAAAGGGGUAUGUCCAAUUCCCAUUCAACGAGUUGGAAAAAAACAUACGAAUUGAUAUAGAGUCUUGUGAUGGUGACAGAAUUGGAUCUGCCACCAUUCCACUCGACCAAUACCAACCCAAUCAAUUACAUUCCAUCAAGUUGGAUACUACCAAUUCAAAAUUCAAAGAUGAUACAACUGUCAGUUUAUUAUUUUCAAAAGAUGAUUUAGAUGAAUUAGAUAUUGUUAAAUCUACAAGUAAAGGUAAAUCAAAAUCAAUUGUUUUUCAAGAUGCAAUUGAUUCAUUGGAUAAUGGAGAUGUUAUAUUUUAUGAUGGUGGAGAAUCACUUAUUAGUAAAUGGAUUAAAAAGAGAACAUGUAGACCGUAUUCACAUUGUGGCUUGGUUGUAAAGACAUUUCCCCAACGACAAAAGGGUGAGCCUGCACCCACUGAAAAGGAGUUGUUUGUGAUCGAGUCGGUACUAGGAUACGAUGGAAAGGAUCCAUUCCGUGAAUACGAUGUCUUGGCCGGUGUCAAUAUCUAUCCACUCAAGAAACGAUUGCUCGACUAUGAAGGUCCAAGUAUCUGGAGUCUCAAACAAAAGGUUCCAUUUACCGAAGACCAAAAGGAAGCAUUCAUGAUGAGUGUUUGGGAGUACCAUGGAAGACGUGUCAGUUUUGAUGUACUCAAUUCCAGUUUUAUUGCCAUGGGUUUCAACAACCUCAUUUUCGAAGGAAAGCGUGCCUUUUUCUGCUCGGAACUGGUUGCUCAAAUCCUUUUCAAUGCCAAUGCCCUUACAUCGGAAGAGGCCAAUCAAAAGGCUUCGGCUAUCGAUCCAGGACAACUCAGUGAAUUUGAUUGUUUUGGUGGUCAACAUCCUCGUUUAUUAAGACAUGAAAUUAAUAGUCAUCCAACUAAAAUUGAAUUAAGUCAUCAACAUAAGAAAUAA